AUGUUCAUCAUGAGCUUCUACAGCCUCCGCGAGACCCUCCAUCAUGAGAUUGCCAAAUAUAAGGCGAGCUUCUACUGGACUGGGGAAGGAGAUAAGCAGAAAAAUUAUAUGGUGAGCUGGGCCGGCAUUUGCAAGCCUAGAGACCAGGGCGGACUUGGGAUCAUGUUCUCCAAACGCAUGAACAUCGCCCUCCUGACCUGCAGGCUAUGGCGAAUUGCAAAUGGGGAGGGCGGCCUAUGGCUCGACAUCAUCCGGAACAAAUAUCUCCGCGGACAGCCGCAUGCCUUUUGUCAGUGGUCUGGUGGCUCACAGGUCACGGUUAUGGCAAUCCAUCAUUCAGCUACUCCCAUUCCUUCACAUCGGGACCUCCAUUACGAUGGGGUCGGGCUCCUCGACCCUGUUCUGGUUCAACAGGUGGACAAUGGAUCACCCCUUCGCCGCCCGGUUCUCAGGGUUGUUCUCCAUAGCAGUGUUCCUAAUGUGUCCGUCCAGACGGCCCUUAUUGACUUAGGACAUCUUGCGUUCAGAAGGCUAUUUGGUCCAACAGAGUUAGCCGAGUGGCAGGACCUUCUGGAUUGCAUCCCUCUCCACCCCCCGGAGGUGGAUCAACCCCCCGACCAUAUCUCUUGGCGCUUAGAUCCCUCCGGAUGGUUCCCCACCAAGUCUGUUUAUCAGGCCAUUGCGCCCUCACCAGCACCCGCGGUCUUUACCCAGGUUUGGGAGAAUAUAUUCUCCCUGUAA